AUGGAGGACGCCGAACACGAGGUCGACGACUUGACCUCCACCUCGAAACCCAAGAAGAAGCGUCGUGUGAUCAAGCCGACCGACAAGAAGUAUGAGUGUCCGCAGCCUGAUUGCGGCAAGUCGUACUCGAGGGCCGAGCAUCUGUACCGGCAUCAACUGAAUCACACGCCCAAGCAAAUCUACCACUGUGACUUCCCAGGGUGUGACCGGCACUUUGUUCGCGCCGACCUCUGUGCGCGGCACAAGGAACGGCAUACCGCCAAGGGCUCCCACCUCCAACGCAAGGAUGCCUUCAUGAACAGCCAGCGCGUGGUUGCGAAUUCGAAUGGACAGACUUCCGAUUCAGGAACCACGACUGCAACGCUAGCUUCGCCCGUCGAUUCGGCCCAUGCACCGCAUCCACCAUCCUCGCAUUCAGAGUACAUGUCAUCAGCUGGUGCACCAUCGAUCCACCCAUACACGACAGCGGGCGAUCAACAACAGCAACAGCAAUAUCAAGGCCAAUCGUCCGUACCUGAGCUGCCUCCGUUACAUUCAGAAGCUCCUACACCAGUCGACCCUCAUGUCAACGUUGGUGCUUCGUACAACUCAUACCCGCCAGGCUUCAACACAGCGGCGAACGUUAUGCCUCCACCGGCAUCACCUAGUGGCAGACGAUACAGCAUCGACAAUCAGUACGGCAGGCCGAUGAACUUGACGAAUGGAUACGGCCAACAUCAGCUAACACUCAAUUCGAUGCAUCCGCCGCCACUCACAUCCCCACCAACGUCAGCACCAAUGUAUGGCCAAGCGUCUUAUUCCUCUCAGAAUGCGGCGAGCCACAGUUAUCGAUCACCAACAGCCACCCAAUAUCCAACACUACCAGCGUUGCCAUCGUUCGGUGUCCAAACUUCAUAUGGUGGGCCUGGCAGCGUGAGACCAGGGAGCGCAAUGUCGCCUCCAUCGCUCAACGGUCUGGACCAAUAUCAGGUGCCAAACUCGGGAGCUAACAGUGUGGCAGACUUCAAUGUGAUCGAUCAGUAUGCUUCGGGCUACGCGAUGCCGGUCUUCGGCGGCGACGGUUUCAAUCGUUCACCACAAUCAGCUUUGGAUGACGCCUUGUUCAAUCAGCUGCUCGCCAGUGGUGACCUCGACAUGACCAACCCUCCAUCGCCGCCAACGUCAGAAAUGCCACUCGAAAUGCAAAUUCCCACCAUGCCGCUGCCAAAGAUGGAGCCUGAAAAGGAAACGCCGCCCUCGUGGGACUCGACCUCGCCGACCACAAAUGGCGGUAUGGACUUGAGCAUGCGCGAGAGCAUCAUAAGCGAAAAGAAACAGGGGCGUAUCAUCGCCUUGGUGCGGUCGUUCGAGGAUGUGGAGACUUUGACUGGACGCAAGACCAAGGACCAGAUUCUGUCAGGCGACACAUCCGAUUCGACCCACGCAUUGAGCAUCAACAUGUUGAAGACGUACUUGACGAGUUUCUGGAUCCACAUUCACCAGCAAAUGCCAAUCAUGCAUCGUCCUACUUUCAACGCAGAAACGUGUCCAGAUCUUCUACUUCUGUCCAUGUUCUGCCUUGGCGCAUGUUGUUUGGAGCGGACGCAUCCUCCAGAACUGAUCAAAAAUUGUGCAGAGCUGGCAUUCUUUUCGGCAUACCACAUUCGCUGGGAAGUUUUCAAGGACGUUGAGUUUAGGCCGACCGCCAAGCUGUGGACUUUCCAGACGAUGCUCCUCCUCGAGCUGUUCGAGAAGAUGUACAGCACGCGAGCCCUGCACGAGCGAGCUCACAUCCACCACGCUACGACUCUCACCGUCAUGAGGAGAGGCUCGUCACUUAUUGGACGCAGCGUGAUCGAAUCGCCAUCUGGACAUCACGAUCCUACGAGAACGCCGCCUGGCCCAGACGGCAGCAUCAACACCAGCGGUCAAAACACGCCAGAUGCAUUUUGGAAUCGCUGGAUUACUGCCGAAGCCACCAGACGAGUCGCUUUCGCGGCGUUCAUCAUUGAUUCAACGCAUGCCACGCUUUUCGGCCAUGCUGCCGUCAUGUCACCACAUGACCUGCGGUUGCCAUUACCAUGCGACGAGGCACUUUGGGCUGCCACGAGUAGUGCUGAAGUCCAAAGAGUCGAGGCGAGUCUGGCAGCGAACGGUUUUAAAACAACGACCUUCGUGGAAGGCUUGAAGAAGACGCUAAACGGGCAGAAGGUCCGCACCAAUGUCUUCGGUCGUGUGGUCCUCAUGGCAGGGCUGUUGAACGUGAGCUGGCAUAUGAAUCAGCGCGAUCUACAAGUAUCGUCUCUCGGUCCUUCAGUUCCGCUGGGAAACCCCGUCCGCUGGCGUUCUCCCUUAACUCGCGCCUUUGACCAUUGGCGCAAAGACUUUGAUGAGAGCUUGAGCAAGAGCGACCACUGGCAGCAAGUGUCGAACCCUGAGAACAAGUCAAGAUGCCAUGUGGACCAUCGAGACAACGUCUUCGAAUCGCGAACAUGUCUGCAUAGUCUGGCGCACAUGGCCAUGCAAGCAGACAUCGUGGAUUGCGAGGUCUUUGCCGGUGCCGAACGGGCAUUGGGACGAGCUGUGAGCGACUCCGAUCGAGCAAGCGUGCAGCGAAAGAUGCGUGAAUGGGCUGUAUCUGCACGGGCUCGUGAUGCAGCAUUCUACGCUCUGCGCUUCCUGUAUGAAGUGUUGUUACCAAACGAUCCAAACCAGGCUGGUCAAUCCGGCGCAGCCCAACCACCACCAACUUUUACCUACAACGCGCGAGACGACUAUCUGCUCAAUCGGCCCUGGAUCUUAUACUUCGCCCUGAUGAUCGUGUGGUCGUGGGGAUACGCCCUGGACGGUCCAAUCACACCGUCCAACUACACCCUCACAACACGAGAGCUGCAAAUCUACGACAUGGACCACUACCUCAACCGCAUGAACAGCGUCUCCACGCCCGCCGAUCUAGAAAAGAUCCAAGACCGCAACUCCAUGGUCGGCAUGCUGAUCCUGAUGCGCGAAUGCUUCCAACAACCACGCUGGGAGCUCCUGCACGCGGCGGGCGACAUGAUGCAGAUGUGCAUCGAACUGCUCUUGCCCGGCAACACGGAGGUGAAACCAGGCAGACGACAGAAAGAGGCUGUAUGA